AUGAUUAAAUUGAAGAAACCUAGCAGAUCUGAUCCCCAGCCUCCUUACCCAGUUGCUUUGUUCACAUUCAUGAACUUUGCUGCAAAUGGUUUUUCUAUAUUGAUGGUGUUGCUUUGCUUGAAAUUCUUCUCAAUGGAGAUUUUGCAUUCAUUAUACAGUGCUGAAGAAACCGUUAAAAUUCUGUUUCAUUUUAUACUCGGAAUUGAAGGCAUGUUCCUGGUUAGGUAA